AUGAGUUUGGUCUUCCAAACACUGAGAGGAGUUCACUUGGAAGAGUUCCUUCCUGAAGGUAUCGUCAAUCUCUGGGCAGGCAGUCACCUCAAUGUCGCAUUGCCAUUGUGGCAAGGUUUCACUGCAGUUGCUAACGCAGACGCGAUGGGUGGGAGGCUCGCUUUUCAAGAAUUUCUGUUCCAUGAGAAUCCGCUCGUGCGGCAAUGGGCCGAGAAUCAUCGUGAUGCUUUCAACGAUAUUCGCAACUCGCCUGAUCCUGAGCUUCGCCAAUACUAUCGAGAUCUUCAUCAGAUACGACAGCAGCACACACAGCAAACGUGGGAGAAGAAGAAGUCUGACAAAUUGCAAGCAUACUUGUCUGGUAAGAAGGCCACUGUCGGGGAAAGCCACUACGGGGAACUCAGCACGAUAAGGAUUGGAAGUUACCAAUUUACAAUCUCUCGAAAGCUCGGGCUGAAGGUCAAUGAUGGAGACGAAGUCUUUGUUCGGUUUGAAUUGACUGCAACUCCUCAUCCACAUGCCUAUGCUUGCAACGCGCGGAGAGAUGACCCUGCCAGUCGCUUUGCCAUCUCUGUCAAGGGUCACAACACAAGCGGAGAUUUCUUCGGAUGGCUGACUACUGGUGGAGAGUUGAAUGUUAAAAAAAUGAACUCCCUUGUGGACGUACUGGAGGGAUGCUCCCGAAAAGAGAGUCUAACAUUUAAGAGGCGCUGGCACAUAAAGCGCAAGAUUCCAGGAGAAAGAUCUUCGAGAGGCCAUGUGUAUACAUAG